AUGAACACUACUCAGAAAAUCAUUAUCUUCUGUUUCCUCUUGCAAGGUGUUUGCUGUAGAGAUUUCAGCAUCAGUUUGCCAGAGAAGAUUCAAGCUCUUAGUGGAUCCUGUGUGAUUAUAAAGUGCAGAUUUGAGAUUAAUGAAACAUAUGAUAAAGACCUCACUGAGAGAGCUGCUGGAGUCUGGUAUAAAGACAAACAUGAUAAGAGCAGCAGCCCAGUGUUUAACUCCAGUGCAUCAAUGCAGAACUCUUUUAUUAAAGGUAAUAUAACUGGACAAUUAAAAGACAAGAACUGCACCACUGUCUUUUAUGAUGUCAGAUCAAAACACAGUGGUCAGUAUUUCUUCAGGAUUGAGGGAGAAGGUGGACUGAUAUGGACCUUUACAAAAAACAGUGUUUCAGUGGAUGUGAUCGAGUCUCCGGUGAAUCCUCGAGUUGUGCUGUAUGAGGAUGAGCAGGAGCUGCAGGAUCAGCAGGAGGUGUUGGAGGGCAGAUCUGUGAGUCUGCGCUGCUCUGCUGAGACUCUCUGCUCUUCUCCUCCAGCAACUCUCACAUGGAGCUCCACUGCCAGAAUCCCCCUCAGCGAGAGCAGCAAACUACAGGAGCUCAUCAUCUCUGAUCUGAACUUCACUGCUGCUCAGCGGCACCACAGAGUCACUUUCACCUGCUCUAUAAACUACCAGCUGCAGGACAACAACAGAACAGCUCACAGCAGCAUCACAUUACAUGUGCAGUAUGCUCCUCAGAUCUCAAACUCUAGCUGUUCCAGUACUGAUGCAACUGUGUGUUUCUGUGAGGUUGAUGGGAAUCCCUCUCCUGUAGUGGAGUGGCAUCUGUCUGGACGUCUCGUCUCAAACUCUUCAAACACGUUCAUCAGUGAAGAGCGACUGAGCAACACAAGCUUGAGGAGCUUCAUCUCUCUAGAUCAGUCUCUCAUAUACACAAACACUCUGCUGUGUGUCAGUAAAAACACUCAUGGUAAUGAAAGGCUUCAGCUUCUUCCAUCUUCUACACGUUUGAGUUUUUCCUUCAUGCUGAUUGGAGUUGCUGUUGGGGUUUUGGUGAUUUUAAUGUCGGUCGUUAUAUGUAAGAAUGAAGGAGACUCUCUUUAUGCCACAAUGUCAUCUGUUGGAGCAACCACAGCAAAUCCAGACAUCCAUCGCCAAAAAUCCAUCAUUUAUUCCUCCAUUGAAUUCACAAACUAUGAAGCAAAGUCAGAAGAGGUGGAGAGCAUCUCUUGUCUUCAUGCUGACUAUGCAGUGGUCCAGCGUGGUUCUGGAGGAGCAGCAGAAGCAGAGAGUUCAGUGAGAGAGUCUUCAAGAUCAACAGAAGCACAGGUGAUUGUGAGAGCAGAUGAGCUUACUAAACAAACAGAGUCAAAGCAAUCAGAGGAAGAGCUGUUUGAGGAAGACUCUCAGCUUUAUGCAAAGAUUAAAUAG